CAACCACAGAAGAGGCGGUCGAGAGGGCACCCGCACGAAGGCGUCCACCACAGAUAUAUAUGCAGGAAGCUGCUCCAUCUCAACUCCUGGCUCGUUUCGUCUCCUCCUGUAAGACAGGGGAACGAGGAAAGGAGGGAGAGAUAUUGGCAGGAAGAGGGAAAGCAAGUUGGGAAGUGUUGUGCAUAGUCAUACCUUCUUUUCUCUCCUGGAAGUAGCUGGUCGAUCGAGGUAUACGGGUUUUCAAAGUAUUUCUGUGGACGAACUUAGGGUUUUCCUGUAGGGGCUCUUGGGGAGGCUAAAUUAGGGUCUUCGUUGAAUUUCGAGGUUCGUUACUCUGUUUGGGUUUCAAAUGGCGCAUUUGGGAGGCGGUGCUGAAGCACACGCGCGGUUCAAGCAGUAUGAGUACCGGGCAAACUCGAGUUUGGUCCUGACUACUGACACUCGUCCUCGGGACACCCAUGAACCCACUGGGGAACCGGAGUCGCUCUGGGGGAAGAUUGAUCCGAAGAAAUUUGGCGACAGAGUGUUCCAUGGCAAGCCCCCAGAGCUAGAAGAGAAGUUGAAGAAGUCGAAGAGAAAGAAGGAGAGGGAACCUGCUUCUGUGCCACUGAAGCGGGACAGCAAGCGAAGGAAGCUUCAGGAAGAAAGCGUGCUCUCGCUGGCUGAUGAGGGGGUUUAUCGGCCGAAGACAAAAGAGACCAGAGCUGCAUACGAGGCUCUGCUCGGAAUGAUACAGCAGCAGUUUGGCGGGCAGCCCCAGGACAUACUCAGCGGGGCUGCGGAUGAGGUCCUGAAGGUGCUGAAGAACGAUAAGACCAAAAACCCCGACAAGAAGAAGGAGAUCGAGAGUCUGCUGAACCCAGUCUCACAGCAGUUCUUCGAUCAGUUAGUAUCUAUUGGCAAACUCAUCACUGAUUAUGAGGAUGGAGCUGAUGCAGGUAAUACUGGGGGCACUGGAGAGCCCAUUGAUGACGAUAUUGGUGUCGCUGUAGAAUUUGAAGAUGAAGAGGAGGACGAGGAGAGUGACCUGGAUCAGGUUCAGGAGCCCUCGGAGGGGGAAGAGGACGAUGAUGUGCAGGAUGCUAACGGUAUGGGAGGUAUGCAGAUGAGCCAUGGCAUCGAUGAUGAUGAACUGGUGGAGGCGGAUGAGGGGUUGAAUGUUCAGGAUAUUGAUGCCUACUGGCUUCAAAGGAAGAUAUCUCAGGCUUAUGAAAAUAUCGACCCUCAACAGAGCCAAAAGCUUGCAGAAGAAGUGCUGAAAAUAUUGGCUGAAGGAGGGAAAGAUAAAGAUGUGGGCAACAAUGUGGACAGAGAUGUGGAGAACAAACUGGUGAUGCUUCUUAAUUAUGAACAUUUUAAGCUUAUUAAGCUGAUCACGCAUAAUAGGUUAAAAAUUGUAUGGUGUACCCGCCUGGCAAGAGCUGAGGAUCAAGAGCAAAAGAAGCUUAUUGAGGAGGAAAUGCUGAACGGUGGGCCAGGUUUAGCUGCAAUCCUUGAGCAGCUUCAUGCCACAAGAGCCACUGCAAAGGAGCGGCAAAAGAAUUUGGAAAAGAGUAUCAGAGAGGAGGCUAGACGGCUGAAAGAUGAGACCGGGGCAGGGGAUAGAUAUCGUAGGUCCGAUCGAGAAGGUGUUGGUGCAGAUAACAGCUGGUUGAAAGGACAGCGCCAGCUGUUAGAUUUGGAGAGCAUUGCAUUUCACCAAGGUGGUCUGUUAAUGUCUAAAAAGAAAUGUGAGCUUCCUCCUGGCACUUUUAGAACUGCUCGGAAGGGAUAUGAGGAGGUUCAUGUGCCAGCAUUGAAAGCAAAACCUUUGACAGCAGGGGAAGAACUUGUUAAAAUCUCAUCCAUGCCAGAUUGGGCACAGCCAGCAUUUGCUGAAAUGAAGCAGCUCAACAGGGUUCAGAGCAAGGUUUAUGAGACAGCUCUUUUUACACCAAAGAAUAUCCUUCUAUGUGCACCUACUGGUGCUGGUAAGACGAAUGUUGCUAUGCUGACAAUUCUCCAACAGAUUGCUCUGUAUAGGAAUCAAGACGGAUCUGUUAAUACAAGCAAAUUCAAAAUUGUAUACGUAGCUCCCAUGAAAGCCUUGGUUGCUGAAGUUGUUGGAAACUUAUCCAAGCGUUUGCAGUCCUAUGGCAUCUCUGUCCAAGAACUUACUGGGGAUCAGACACUCUCCCGCAAACAGAUAGAGGACACUCAGAUAAUAGUAACAACACCUGAGAAAUGGGAUAUUAUUACAAGGAAAUCUGGUGACCGCACCUAUACUCAGCUUGUGAAGCUAUUGAUUAUUGAUGAGAUUCAUCUUCUUCAUGAUAACAGAGGGCCUGUUCUUGAAAGUAUCGUUGCUAGAACGGUAAGACAAGUAGAGACCACAAAAGAACUUAUCAGACUGGUUGGUCUAUCUGCUACACUUCCCAACUACGAGGAUGUUGCAUUAUUUUUGCGUGUAGACCCUUCAGAAGGUCUGUUUCAUUUUGACAAUAGUUACAGGCCCUGCCCACUUGCUCAACAGUACAUUGGAAUAACUGUCAAAAAGCCCUUGCAGAGAUUUCAGCUGAUGAAUGAAAUAUGUUACGAGAAGGUUAUGGGUGUUGCGGGAAAGCAGCAGGUGUUAAUCUUUGUCCACUCGAGGAAAGAAACUGCAAAAACUGCUCGUGCUAUAAGGGACACUGCUCUUGCAAACGAUGCCCUUGGACGGUUCAUGAAUGAAGAUAGUGCUAGUCAAGAGAUUCUUCGGAGUGAAUCUGAAAAGGUCAAGAACAACGAUCUUAAAGAUCUUCUUCCUUAUGGUUUUGCAAUUCAUCACGCAGGGAUGGCUAGAGUAGACAGAACACUUGUUGAGGAACUUUUUGCUGAUGGACAUGUAAGGGUUUUGGUGUCAACAGCAACUCUUGCGUGGGGUGUUAACUUGCCGGCACAUACUGUCAUCAUAAAAGGAACCCAAGUAUAUAAUCCAGAAAAAGGUGCCUGGACUGAACUAAGUCCACUGGAUGUUAUGCAGAUGCUUGGUCGUGCAGGAAGACCUCAAUAUGACUCGUAUGGGGAAGGGAUAAUACUGACAGGCCAUAGUGAGCUGCAGUAUUAUCUUUCCCUUAUGAAUGAGCAGCUUCCGAUAGAGAGUCAGUUUGUUUCUAAACUAGCAGAUCAGUUGAAUGCGGAAAUUGUUCUUGGAACUGUUCAGAAUGCAAGAGAGGCAUGCACAUGGAUUGGGUACACGUACCUGUACAUUCGUAUGCUUCGAAAUCCUGUACUGUAUGGAAUGGCUGCUGAUGUAUUGGAGAAUGACCAAACAUUGGAAGAACGGAGAGCAGACCUGAUCCAUUCGGCUGCAACGAUAUUGGAUAAGAAUAACUUGGUUAAAUAUGAUAGAAAGAGUGGGUAUUUCCAGGUCACUGAUCUUGGUCGGAUUGCUAGCUAUUAUUAUAUUACCCAUGAAACAAUAGCUACAUACAAUGAGCAUUUGAAGCCAACGAUGGGGGAAAUUGAGCUUUACCGUUUGUUCUCAUUGAGUGAUGAAUUCAAAUAUGUUACUGUGAGGCAAGAUGAGAAAAUGGAACUUGCUAAGCUCCUAGAUCGUGUGCCCAUUCCUGUCAAGGAAAGCUUAGAAGAGCCCAGUGCAAAAAUAAAUGUCCUGCUUCAGGUGUAUAUUUCACGGCUUAAGCUGGAAGGGCUUUCUCUAUCGUCAGAUAUGGUGUACAUCACACAGAGUGCAGGACGCCUUCUGCGUGCACUUUUUGAAAUUGUUUUAAAGAGAGGAUGGGCCUUGCUUACUGAAAAGGCUUUAAAUUUGUGCAAGAUGGUGACUAGGCGCAUGUGGAGUGUCCAGUCCCCAUUACGACAGUUCAGAGGAAUCCCAAAUGAAUUGUUAAUGAAGCUUGAGAAGAAGGACUUGGCUUGGGACAGGUACUAUGACCUUUCACCUCAGGAGAUUGGAGAGCUUAUAAGAUUUCCUCAAAUGGGGAAGAAACUUCACAAAUAUGUUCAUCAAUUUCCAAAGCUGAAUCUUGCUGCCCAUGUGCAACCAAUAACACGAACUGUUCUCAAAGUGGAACUCACUAUAACUCCCGAUUUUCAGUGGGAUGAGGCAGUUCAUGGAUACGUUGAGCCCUUCUGGGUUAUUGUUGAGGAUAAUGAUGGAGAACACAUCCUUCAUCAUGAGUAUUUCAUACUGAAGAUGCAGUACAUUGAUGAGGAUCAUACUCUAAAUUUUACUGUGCCAAUUUAUGAGCCGUUGCCUCCACAAUACUUUGUUCGUGUUGUCUCUGAUAAGUGGCUAGGUUCUCAGUCUGUAUUGCCGGUUUCUUUUAGGCACUUGAUUUUGCCGGAGAAAUAUCCUCCUCCAACUGAACUGUUGGACUUGCAGCCUUUGCCUGUGACUGCACUGAGAAAUCCUUCAUAUGAAUCUUUAUAUCAGGAAUUUAAGCAUUUUAAUCCUAUUCAGACUCAGGUCUUCACAGUCCUAUACAACAGUGAUGACAAUGUCUUGGUUGCUGCACCAACAGGCAGUGGUAAAACCAUCUGUGCUGAGUUUGCUUUGUUGAGGAAUCAUCAGAAAAGUUCGGAGAAUGUUAUGCGGGCUGUGUAUGUUGCUCCUAUUGAAGCUCUUGCCAGGGAAAGAUACAGGGACUGGGAAAAGAAGUUCGGUAAGGGUUUGGGAGUACGAGUGGUGGAAUUGACUGGUGAGACGACUAGUGAUCUUAAGCUUCUUGAGAAGGGGCAAAUCAUUAUCAGUACUCCUGAAAAAUGGGAUGCUCUUUCACGGCGCUGGAAGCAAAGGAAGCAUGUUCAACAGGUUAGCCUUUUCAUCAUUGAUGAGCUUCAUCUGAUUGGUGGCCAUGGAGGUCCAGUUUUGGAGGUCAUUGUCUCUAGGAUGAGGUAUAUUUCAAGUCAAGUGGAAAAUAAGAUACGAAUAGUGGCUCUUUCAACUUCUCUUGCAAAUGCUAAAGAUCUUGGGGAGUGGAUUGGUGCUUCUUCCCAUGGCCUAUUCAAUUUUCCACCUGGUGUACGUCCUGUGCCUUUAGAAAUUCACAUUCAAGGUGUGGAUAUAGCAAAUUUUGAAGCGAGGAUGCAAGCAAUGACAAAGCCAACAUUUACUGCUGUUGUUCAGCAUGCAAAGAAUGGGAAACCUGCUCUUGUGUUUGUCCCCACAAGAAAGCAUGCCCGGCUUACUGCACUUGACUUGGUAACUUAUGCAACUGCUGAUGGUGGAGAAAGACCCUCUUUUCUUCUACAUUCUAAAGAAGAAUUGUCCCCAUUUCUGUCCAGGAUUGGAGAACCUACUCUUAUUGAUACUCUCCAUUAUGGUGUUGGCUAUAUACAUGAAGGAUUAUCUAGUCUUGAAGUUGAAGUUGUAUCGCAGCUGUUUGCUGCUGGUUGGAUUCAGGUCUGUGUUGCAAGCAGCUCAAUGUGCUGGGGAAUGUCUUUGUCUGCUCACUUAGUUGUGGUAAUGGGUACACAAUACUAUGAUGGCAGAGAAAAUGCUCACACAGAUUACCCAAUAACAGAUCUCUUACAGAUGAUGGGCCGUGCAAGUAGGCCAUUGCAAGACAAUGCAGGGAAAUGUGUAAUCUUGUGUCAUGCUCCUCGGAAAGAAUAUUACAAAAAGUUUGUUUUUGAGGCAUUCCCUGUGGAAAGUCAUCUGCAGCACUUUCUUCAUGACAAUCUAAAUGCAGAAGUUGUUGUCGGUACCAUUGAGAGCAAACAAGAUGCUGUGGACUAUCUUACCUGGACUUUCAUGUAUCGUAGACUUGCUCAAAAUCCAAACUACUACAAUCUACAGGGAGUCAGUCACAGGCAUCUUUCAGAUCAUCUUUCUGAGCUUGUAGAGAAUACUUUAAGUGAUUUGGAAGCAAGCAAGUGUGUAGCCAUAGAGGAUGACAUGUAUCUGUCUCCUCUCAAUUUGGGGAUGAUUGCAUCCUAUUAUUACAUCAGCUACACAACUAUAGAGCGUUUCAGCUCAUCAUUGACUCCAAAGACAAGGAUGAAAGGUCUCCUUGAAAUUUUAUCUUCUGCUUCAGAGUAUUCACAACUUCCAAUCAGGCCAGGCGAGGAAGAGUUGAUAAGAAAAUUGAUUAACCACCAAAAGUUGCCAGUGGAGAAACCAAAAUAUAAUGAUCCACAUGUUAAAGCAAAUGCAUUGUUGCAGGCUCACUUCUCCAGGCAUACUGUUAUUGGAAAUCUUGCUGCUGAUAAACGCGAAGUGGUUCUUUCAGCAGGCCGGCUACUGCAGGCAAUGGUUGAUGUCAUUUCAAGUAAUGGAUGGUUCAAGCUCGCAAUUUCUGCAAUGGAGCUGAGUCAAAUGGUGACUCAGGGUAUGUGGGCAGACGAUCCUGUCCUUUUGCAGCUUCCACACUUCACCAAGGAGCUUGCACGUAAAUGUGAAAAUGAGAGAAAAAUCGACUCUGUGUUUGCUCUUGUGGAAAUGGAGGAUGAUGAGAGGCGUGAACUGCUGCAGAUGUCGGACUCACAGUUGCUGGAUAUUGCUCGAUUUUGCAACCGGUAUCCUAAUAUUGAUAUAAAUCUCGAGGUGCUAGAGAGAGAUGAUAUUAGGGUAGGAGAAAACAUAACCCUGCAAGUCACCCUUGAAAGAGACCUUGAGGGACGGACAGAAGUUGGUCCAGUUGAUGCACCUAGGUAUCCCAAAGCCAAAGAAGAAGGGUGGUGGCUUGUGGUAGGCGAUCUAAAGAGCAAUCAACUGCUUGCCAUCAAGAGGGUGUCAUUGCAGCGAAAGUCAAAGGUCAAGUUGGAUUUUUCUGCACCAUCGGAGGUAGGAAGGAGGGAGUACUGGUUAUAUUUCAUGUGCGACUCCUACAUGGGUUGUGAUCAGGAAUAUGCGUUUGAAGUUGACGUCAAGGAAAUGAUGGAAGGAUAGGUAUGGGAAACGUGAGCAGUCUUAUUGAAGGGCUGGAAACUGUGAUGAAAAAAGCUUUCGGUAAAGCUUGGAAGCAACUGAAGUUUGGUGAGACCACGACCAUCUCUUCCAACUGGAGACUUCGGAGAAGAAUCAUGUGGCAAGCUCCUGUCUUAUGUAUUGCAAUGUUGGACCUUCUAUAAACCGAGUUUCUGCAUUCAACUGCCUAAGCCAUGUGAAGGAGCGUGUGAAUGGGAAUUCAGGCGAGAGGAAGAGAAAUAAGAGGCGGCUCGCGUUGAGCGUCGAAGAUGGAAACUAUGAUGACAGAACAUGAAGAGAACGGCUCGUGUUCAGUGUAAAAAAAAUUUUGUCGUAAUUUUAUGAUUUGCUACGGGUUUGACCGUAUUGCUCCUUCCGGGGGCAUUCGUAUCGUGAGACGAAGGAUUUUGCCGUCGCAGUUCUCAUCGAGGGGUUUACCAAGGUUUUGUGCUAUUCUCAUUUCUACAAAGAGAUACCAAUGCCAUCAAGAGAUGCUCUGCCCCUCUCUGGAGUUCCAUGAAUUCUUUUUUUCAGCUUCCUUUUUGUCCAUUUUAUUCUUAUACCGUGAUGGUCGAAGUUCGGUCUGUUGUAUUGGGGUGGCGAGAACUGCAUCCCGCAAGUCUCCAACGUCAUUAAUUCGUUAACCAAAGAAAGAUGUAUCUGCAACUUUUAGAAACUUUAUUCUGUUU